GGCGGGACGAAGAAGGCGUUUUAGUGUAGCAAGUUAUCAAGUUUGUACCAAAAUAUUCGCUUUUUUAUUUCUGAUAUAUUAUACGUAGGACAUAUAUACAUUAACCAACUAUUAUAUGUUUAUCAGUUGCCUGUCACAGCGUUGGUGGGAAUUGUAUUUUUUUGUGUGAAAACGGAACUCGUCACUUUACGUCAUCAUUCGGUCAUGCAGUAGCUGGUAGCAACACCUCGCAACGGAGAGAGCUUGGAAUGGCGGCGGUGAGGAGAGAGAAUGACAUAGAAGAGUAUCUGGGCCAGAACCCGCAUGUUGCCCAGUGGAUCAACACUUUCAGGGGUUAUUGUGAGAGCAGCAAACAGUGGCGUGCUCGGAGGGAGUUCAUCCUGAGAAACAUGGAGGCGUACCCUGCAGUGAAACCAGGCGUCUCCAACACCAGUGUGGACAGGCUGCUGUCCUUGUCCAUGGUCUGGGCCAACCAUGUGUUCCUGGGCUGCAGCUAUCCACAGGCUGUCAUGGACAAGAUCAAAGGGAUGGGUGAAGAAAUAGUUGUUCGAGAUCCUCCAGUUCAUAAAACAAGAAGUGAAAUCAUGGCCAAAGGAAAGUGGAGCGCUCCAUCAGGCGGCACUGACGACAGCUGCGCAAAAAGGGGCAGAUACGGCCCUAAUGAGCCCGACGGUCGACCCGCCGGGAGAGCGUCCACACGGCCCACGAGUCAGAAAACGGGGCCUCUUCCGCAGGCUCCAGCAGAGCACCAGCCUUUCUUUAACCGCCUCUACAAGGCAGUGGCCUGGAAGUUGGUGUCAGCGGGGGGGUUCGGUCCCAACUUGGACCACUUUGAAAUACUUCGAAGCUGCGUGGAGUCGUGCAAGCAGACGCUGAGCUGCGUCUUUGUGCCGCUGAAGGACAUCACCGGCCUGCCCGCGGGUCGCACACAGAAGGAAGGCCACGUGUGCGAAAUUCGCUGCCAAUCCGUCUACAUGGGCACGGGCUACGGGCGGGACGAGGCCGCUGCCCGUUCCAUGGCUUCUAAAGAGGCCCUCAAAGUGUUUCAAGGAAGAAAAGUGACGGUAAAGAUUGCUAGACGGAGGUAUAAAGGGAAGGAUGUGGAGGAUUUAUUGCUGUUGGAUGAGCAGCCUCGGAAUCAGGGCUUUCCCCCCGCACUCACAUACCCUUUCCAGGAGGAGCACGCUGGGGAGAGUUGCUUCUAGACUGGACAAACUAGUCAUGUUGGACCUGCUUGUUAGCAUCUACUGAAUACAACACUGAAGAAAGACGCAGCGGUUUGGGAAUCACACCCUUGUACAUCUCUCAAAUAGAAUAGAAUAUGAUUUGGAGGGGAAACAUGAUUGCCUCAUGUCAGGUGCAGCAUUCCCCCACAACGCACGCCAGUACAUACAGUAGGCUACAUGAUCACAUUUCAUAACUUUGUUUUAAGUUGUGUGCACCUUUUUUUUUUUUUCUUUCCAUUCCCAGAGGAUUCUCCAAUAUUGUUGAGCCCGAGUUAAGAUUUGCUCUCCUCAAGUUACCAGGGAAACAAAGACUGCUUGCUUUGAUGAAUUCAUUCUGUUAAAAGGUUGUGCUGCACCUGGAUUCUGUUAACCAAGCCAUUGAAAGGGUUGUUAUCAGCUCACGGUUGAUAUGCAUGUUCAUCAUCCUGUAAAAAUCCCAGGUGUUUUCUUUAUUUAAUCAAUAUUUGAUUUAUUUUAUGUAAAAAAAAAAACCCCAUCAGGCCAGGGCAGUCAAAUAUUGAAAUUGUCAAGCUUAUAUUAAGUGCGUUGCCCUGGUAACAGUCCAAACUCAACAUUUGCCUUCUUUUCAUAGAACAGCAAGAAUCAUCACUCCUUGGGCAAGUUACCUUGAAACAUGACUAAAAUGAAUAUGAGUAAUACUUUCUGUGGAGUCAUUGUUGCUCUGCAUUGAUGUUUCAACUGGCAUAGCAUACAUGCAACCUUUUUUUCUACGCGGUAUAGUGCUGUCGUUAUAAUACCACAAAGAGUUUGUGUCAUGGACAGCUUUGAUUAGAAGUCAUGGGUGACGUUCACCCAUCACUUUUUUUUUGGGACUAACCUGAGUUUCCGUUUGAGCCAUUUAAGCAAGAUUUGUUGAGCAUUUUGGAAGGUAAAUUGCUGCAGUGUCUGGGUUGAAGUUGAACAGGGUUAUAUGAAAAACAUAAAUAUUCUCACUGUUCUUUGUGACUGUAAGUUUACAGCAGUGGUUUCUAUGUUUUCCUUUUUGAAUAAACAAAUCAAACUUCA